UUUUAUUAAUGUUCAUGUUCUAUCAAGUAUUUUACAAACGUAUACGUGUGAUUGCUUUUUUUUUUAAUUUAUUUUGGAUUCAUUUUGGCUUGGUUUGUAUUCACUUUUGGCAUCAAAAUUGCAAAACAUGCUCAUCUCGUUGAUAAAAGUGUUCAGUAUAGUCACCUGUCUAUCACAACUGGAGCCAGCGACUGCGGACGACUCGGUGCACUUCAAGAUUGUGGGUGGCACCGUUACCGAAAUAAGCAGGACGCCAUAUCAGAUCUCGCUGCGUCUGAAGCAAAUUGACAGGAAACAGUUCGGGCGUGGUCACAUAUGCGGAGGCACGGUUAUUAGCCAGCGCUUGGUUGUCACGGCGACUCAUUGUCUCUACGACGGAAGAAGCAGAAAUAUGCGAUCCCCCAAAGAUUUUGUGCUGAUCAUGGGCAACAGCUACCUUCAGACCAGAAGUGUAACAAUGCAGCAGUAUAAUGUGCAGAAGCUGAUACCCCAUCCCCAAUACAAUCCGACAAACUUACAGAACGAUAUUGCCCUGAUAUUCAUUAAUGGCUUUAUACCCUGGAAAUCGAUCGUUCGGGCUCUGCCACUUGCCAGGGUUACCACCGAUGUUGGUACCCCCUGCCUGAUCUCCGGCUGGGGUAGCACAGUCACCGGUGGUACUUCUUCGCAAACUCUGCAAUCGGCAACUGUGCCCGUGAUCAGCCAAACGGAGUGCAAUGCCAAAUAUGGGUAUAUAACCGCUGCCCAGUUAUGUGCAGGGUAUAUGAGCGGCGGCAUCGAUUCCUGCCAGGGCGAUUCCGGAGGGCCGCUGCAGUGCCACAAUACGCUCGUGGGCAUCGUCUCCUAUGGAAGAUAUUGUGCUGCCCAAGACUCACCUGGCGUCUAUACGAAUGUUUUAUACUAUGUCGACUGGAUAAAGAAGACGAAUCGCUCGCUCGACUAUUCGUACUACAGCAGCGAUGCGAGAACUGUCGUGGGCUCCAAGCUGACUGUUUUGGCCAUCUUUGUGGCUGUCAGACAACUAAACUAUUUGGAAAGAAAUUAAU